AUGGAACAAGUACUAGCAUCAUCGGACUGUUCUCAGACAACAGAUACAUUUACCGAGAUAUGUGAUGCAGAACUUACAGAGACACUCAUUAUUUGGUUUGACAGAAGUAUACAACCAUCGAAUAAAACUAUACAAAGAUUUUCAUCUACCAAUAAAUUUUUUCGUUUUUAUAAUCAACGUCAAACAUUUCUUAAACAAUUAAAAACGUCUACUAUUAAUAAAAAAAUCUAUCUAAUUGUAUCAGGUCCACAGAAAUCAUCGAUUAUUAACGAUGUUCAUGAAUUUGAUGAAAUUAAUUCGAUAUUUAUUCGUUGUAAAAAUCGUUGUAAACAUGAGACACUAAUGGAAAAAUAUUGGAAAAUUGUGGGUAUUUUCACUGACCAAGAAAUUCUAGAAGAAAAUCUUAAAAUAAUGACUGAACAAUCAGAUGAUAUUAAACAUCAAAAAUUAAUACAUUAUGUUACUGAAGAACCCGAUGCUUUCUUAUGGUUAUUGUUACUAAAAGAAAUGGUAUUGAGUAUGCCUUCAACAUUAAAAGCAAAACAAUAUUUAGUCAACAAAUGUCGUCAAUCUAGACGUCUUAAUGCUGAUGGAUUUAGGGCACUUUAUGAAUUUGAACAAUACUACAAUUAUCGUGGUCAACCUCUAACUUGGUAUAAAGAAUUUCAACCAUUUAUAAAUAAAUUAUUUUCCAAUGAUCCUAUUGAAUCCUUAAAUAUAUUUCGAUAUUAUCUUAAAGAUCUUUGUCGUUGUCUUACUAAUGAAUCAUUUAAACAGAAUCAACAUGAACAAAUUAUCAAAAUUUACAGAAGUAUGACGAUAUUAAACUCAGAAAUUCAACAUUUACGAAUAAAUAUUGAUAAUCUAAUAUUAUUUAAUGGUUUUCUAUCAGGAUUUACAUCGAGAAAAUUUGCCAUUAAAUCCAUAAAAAAAUAUUCAAAACGAGUAGAUGAACAUAUGGUUUUAUUUGAAAUUCAUUUAGAUACUCACAUGAAAAAGAUAAAUGUAGUAAGUAUAGCAACGUUUCCUAAAUAUGAUGAAGUUUUAUUUGAUAUGUAUACAAUAUUCAAAAUUAUCACAAUUGUUAGCAAUAGUGAAUUAACGGUCAUCUCUAUGACAAUCACAGAUGAACAAAUUCUUUUUGCUUCCGAUCCUCCAUCAACGAGUAGUUUAAAAGCGGGGCAAAUGUUUGCACGACUGAUACAUGAGAAUGCUGAUAUUUCAGUCUAUUUUCAACAUUUAUUCAAUAUACACGGUAAUCAACAAACUGCCGCAAGAAUUUAUUAUAAAGACAAAAUAGUUGAAACC